AUGCGGUGGAAAAUUUACAAGCACCGUCGCUUUCACUUAAUGAACGGCGAGCUUCUUCAAGGUCAGGGUGCAUUUAAUGAGACUGUAUCCAAGUGCCGACCCGACCGAAUCAUCACCGGGAGUAGGGCUGAGUCUUGGCCCGAGAUUGGCCGAGCUCCGCCCAGCCCGAGGCUGAGUCGGACUUGCGGAAGCAUUCGGCAGAAGCCGCAAAGCCCAAUAUCAGAUGGCAGGUACCUUGAGUUUCAUAAAUAG